AUGACGACCAAAUCCCCUUACAACAACUACUUCACUCUUGCCUCAAGGACGCCGUUGAGACUCCCGAAGAAGUUGAGUGUAGGACCGAAGGCAAGUAGCCGUCUUGGCUUGAUGGAAGAUUUGUCCGGUAAACCCUUGUCCAUUGCCUUCGCCUCUCGUCAAAUCAAAGUAAACAGCCUGAGCAACGUUGUUGAUCCCGCUAGGCCCUACCAAGAUGUAACUCUAACGAGGCACGAGUUCGCGGCGGUUGAUGCGGCUGACGGGGUUGGGCAUGUCACUGUUUCUGCCGCCAUCCCUGGGCUGGCAUCGGAGCUGCCACGCAUUGCUAAGAGUGCCUCUACGGACCUCAACUACCGCUACACGGACUGCACUUCCGGCAACGGCCGCUCCGCUCCAGGCACGGCGGUGCCUAUCGGUCGACUGGGCAAUGAACUCAAGGCUGAACAAGCCGCGUUCUUUGGCAGCCUGGCCAAAACCGAUUGGAAUACACGAUAUGGUGACCACAGAAUGGGGAAAGCUGCCCGUGUGAGCCAAUAUUUUUGCAGCGGCGGGGGCGACAGCAGAUGA